UCCCUAAAAGAUGGGCCCAAAGUUUUUCCAUGCCACAUAAAGGAUUCUCUUUCUCACCAAGACGCCGAUUCGAGACCAGAUCAAAAGAUCUCGAGUUCAAUUCUUUUUAAUAAGAUAAGUAGAGCAGCAGAAGCAGGGGAAGGAAGUAGCAGAGUGGUGCAAGAACGAGGGAGGGAGAAUGCCAUUAUCCAAAGCCCCUCCAUUGGCUUCAGCCCUCCCGAUUGCUAGCCCUCCUCCUUCCUCUUCCAGAGAGUUUGUUCGGUGCACAAGUCUUUGGACGAAGGGGAGAAAGUCCACCGGGGUAGAUCUUAUACUAAGACGACCGGAGCCAAGUUCAGCAUCAAAGAAUGCGAGGAGCUCCGUCGAACUCGAUGCCCCAUUCCCAAGUGACUAUGACGAGUUACUCGAACAAGCUACAACAGCGACCGCAUUGGCUCUAAAGGACAACAAGCAAUUGAUGGAAAUUGAGUUUCCAACAUCUGGACUAGGCUCCGUACCAGGUGAUGGUGAAGGGGGAAUAGAAAUGACAGGAAGCAUGCAGUUGAUCCGUGAAUUUUGUGACCAGUUGGUAGAACCAGAGAAGAUUACACGAACAAGAAUCUUUUUUCCUGAGGCCAACGAAGUCAAGUUUGCGAGAAAAUCGGCCUUUGAAGGAGCUUCACUUAAGUUGGAUUACCUAACAAAACCAUCGUUUUUCGAAGACUUUGGUUUUGUUGAGAAAGUAAAAAUGACGGACCGGGUGAAGCCUGAAGAUGAGCUGUUCCUUGUUGCCUACCCAUACUUUAAUGUUAAUGAGAUGAUCGUGGUCGAGGAGCUCUAUAAGGAUGCUGUUGUGAAUACUGACCGGAAGCUUAUCAUAUUCAACGGGGAGCUUGACCGUAUAAGGUCGGGGUACUAUCCGUCGUUCUUUUAUCCGAAGCUGGCAGCACUCACAAAGACACUCUUCCCGAAGAUGGAGACGGUCUACUACAUUCACAAUUUUAAGGGAAUGAAAGGAGGGACUCUCUUCAGAUGCUAUCCUGGCCCUUGGAAAGUCCUUAGGAGGCUCGGCAAUAGAUACGUGACUCUGCAUCAGCAGGAAACGAUGCCAUCACUAAAAGAAGUUGCCCUGAAUAUUCUACCAUCAGCUUGAAGUUCCGGUGUGCACCUGAUUUGAAGUGUAGAGAAACUGACUUGACCAGAGUUUUUCUCGAGAACCAGCGCCUUGUCGGAGAAGUAAGUUUUUCGAUUUCCCACAAUUACGGUGCCUAAGUGCAAGGCCCAGAACAGUCUCUCAUGUACUGUGUGAUACUGAGCCCUCAUCCAUUAUACUUAUUGUAUAGCAUACCGUAAAAUAUCAGAGAGACCUUUGUCCUUAGAAGGUCAUCUUAUGUUCAGUCUUUCACCA